CAUAACUCACUCCAGCUCUGAUCUUCUACCUACCUCAAACUUGCAAUUGCAUUUUCCCAUUGAAGCACAGAAAGAGAGAGAGAGAGAGAUGGCUUAUGUCGCUUUAUCUUCUCUAAAGACAACAAUUAAGCUUCAUGAUGAUCAAGCACCCGUCAAAUCUUUCUAUGAAGACCUUUCUUCUCUGCAAGCCUUUCUGGAAAAGAAAUCCAGUGGCGGUGGCCGUGCUGCAAUAAAAUAUUUUGAAACCAUACUAAGAGACUUUGCACUCAAAGUUGAAGAUGAGAUGGAAAUGCAAAUAAGCAACUUUGUUAUGGCGGCCAAAGACGAUGAUGCAGUGCAUCAAGAAGAAGCUUCCCAGCAACUGUGUCAAAUCUUGCAACAAGCAGAAGAAAAGAUAGCAGAUGUGGUGGAGAUUAUCAAGGAAUUGGAAGAAAAAGAGUUAAAGAAUGGUGAUUAUUUAACUUAUUUCAUUGGAAUAAUAGAUCAUCAUAUUAAGUCUCUGCGAUCCAACGCCAGGGUGUUUUACUUUUAUGAUCAAACCCUACUCAACAAAUCUCUCAUUGAAAACCUUUAUUCUUUGCGAGGAUUUCUUCAUACAUCCAAACUUGGUGCUGCUGCUGCAAUCAGCGAAGAUUUGGAAACCAAAAUAAGAGAUUUAUUGGCUGUAGAUGACAUCAAGAUACAACUCAGCAGUUUUCUUUUGGCCAAAGACACAGUACAUGAAGAAGAAGCUUUCCAGGAACUGUGUCAAACCUUGCAACAAGCACAAGAAAAGAGGGUAGAACUGGUGGAGAUCAUCAACAAAGAAAAAGAGAGACACAAGACUUGUGAAUGUUGUGAUGAUUUAGCUAAUCUCUUGAGAAGAUUAAUGGACGAUGAUUAUCUUAGGUCGUCUUCGGCCCCACCCUGCUCAACACCACUAGAAUCCCUCUAUGAAAAUCUCUUUGCUUUAAAAGAAUAUGUACUGAAAUCCAAGUUUGGUGGAUCCGGAGCUGAAAUUCAAAUCAGACACUUUGUACUCAAAGCUAAACAAGACAUCCAAAAGCAAUUUAUAAACUUUUUUGUGGCCAAAGAAGAGCACUGCCUGCCAAAAGAAGCUUCACAACAACUCUUUCAAACCUUGCAUCAACUAACAGAAAACGCAGCACAGCUGUUGAGCACUAUCCACAAUGCAAGAAGCAAUGAAGCUGCUGAUGAUGAGGCCUAUGAUACUCAGUUUGUGUGCUAUCCAAAGCUUGAGGAUGGCAGAAUAAUGGUGGGUCGUGAAAAUGACGUUAGUAUGAUAAAGGAUCUACUCUUCAGUAGCUUUCAUGGUGUCAAAGUAAUCCCAAUUAUUGGGAUGCCAGGCAUAGGGAAGACGACUUUAGCAAGACAAAUCUUGAAAGAUCAAUUGGUUGCAUUGCAUUUCCAGGUACAAGGAUGGGUUACAAUGACUCAAAAUUACAAUCAGACCAAAGUGCUACGCGACUUUCUCCACUCAAUUUCACCAAAUCAUGAAGUUAUAAAGGAAGCCAGUCUUUGGGAGCAGGUUCGAAAAUGCUUGAAAGAAAAGCGGUAUCUAAUUGUUUUGGAUGACAUAUGGAGCACUCAGCAUUGGGAUGAAUUAGAAAACUUAUUUCGCAAUUCUGCAGCGAAUGGAAGUUGCAUAUUGCUGACCACUAGAUUCUAUGGAGUGGCUGACUAUGCUUGCAAAAUCAAAGGUACAUAUCAUGUUAUGAGUUUACUUGAUCCAAAUCAAAGUUGGGAUCUAUUCUGUACUAUCUUUCCUCUUCAAAGGUAUAGGGCACCAAGUUUUGGAAAAUUCAGGAGUGACUUGCUCCAUGUUGUGGAAAUAUGUGAAGGAUUGCCACUGUCAAUUGUUGUAGUUGCAAAACGCUUAUCUGAAUGCAAAAACAACAUACAAGAUGAAUUGAAAAAGAUUGAAAAGGAAAUAGAAUUGUUGGGAAUUGUAGAUUAUAGUGCACUCAUUCUCAUGUACAAUCAGUUGCCAGAAUAUUUGAAAGGUUGUUUUCUAUAUCUUGGAGUCUUUCCAAAGCGCAGUGAGAUCCAAGUUAAAAUACUUCUUAGGUUAUGGAUUGCUGAAGGAUUUGUGAAACCAUCAAAGAAUAAGGAGUUAGAAAGGAUUGCUUAUUGUUACUUAAAGGACCUCAUUGAUAGGAGUCUUGUGUUAAUAGGCAAACAGACUUUUGAUGGCAAAAUUAAGACUUGUAGGGUGCACAGUGUCAUGCACAACAUCUGUUUCAGAGAGGCUCAGAAAGAGGGAAUUUUAUGUGCAGUAAAUACUCGGCAACUUCCAACGUCGUCAUUAAAUGCAUUUGCAAAUUCGUGCCGUUGGUUAAGUUUAUGCGAACAUAGCUUUGACUAUUAUGUGUUGUUUGGUUCAAACAACCCUCGCUCCAUUUUCUUCUUUCAAGAAAACACUGAAAAUUUUGUAUCCUUCAAGCUGUUAAGAGUUUUGGCAUUUGUUCAAUCUUCAUUCCUCCAAAGACUACCAAUGCAAUUAGGGGAUUUGAUAUUUUUAAGAUAUUUAUCGGUAACACAGUGGUUUGAGGGUCUCAGUGAUGUUGUGUCAAGUAAUGUGAAUUUGCAGACACUUAUUGUUUCCGGUAGUGACAGUGAAUCACAACCUGUAAUACCUAUUCUCCAUUUGCCAUCAACAAUUUGGGAGUUACCCCAGUUAAGACAUCUUGAACUUGGUGCUUUGUAUACUGUUAAUCCUCCCAGUGUGGUUAAAAGGAAUUUGCAAACAUUAUCUUGGGUAGGUCCAACUCAUUGGAGAAAGAAAGUGUAUUCUAGUUUUCCAAACAUGAAAAAACUCAAAAUAUUCUGUAAAGAAGAGUUAGAGCCCAGUCACAUAGGUGGAUCUUCCAGCAAACACAUCAUUUUGGAUAAAUUGGACUAUUUAGGUUGGCUUAAGAGUUUAACUAUUUCAGUUUCUAUUGGCAGUUUUGUAACCCUUCCAGAAAGAUGUAUGUUUCCUUUACAACUGAAGAAGCUGAGGUUGAGUGGGAUUCGUGUUUCUGGGUGGGAUUUAAAGGUAAUUGGGAGGUUGAAAUGUCUUAAGGUGCUGAAGCUGGAAAAUGUGUUCCAUCAAGAAGUAUGGAGAGUAUGUGAAGGAGAAUUUAAUGAAUUAAAGUUCUUGCUCCUUGAAGAUAAAAUACUGAAGCGGUUGGAGGCUGUCCAAUAUUGUUUCCCCCUUCUUGAACGCAUAGGUCUAAGAUUGUGUAAUUGUUUGGAAGAGAUUCCAAGCAGUUUUGGAGAAAUUUUCUGCUUGAAGUCAAUAGAUUUGGAUAGGUGUAGCCGGCCUUCCAUUAUCGCUUCUGCCAAGGAUAUUCAAGAGCAGCUUAAGAAGAAUUUUGGAAAAGAAGAUUUUGAGAUCAAAAUCCAAGGGCAAGGGCCUGAAUAUCUAGAAGAGCGUGUAGAAGAUGUUGAGGUUAGAACGAAGUUAUGGGUGGAUGAGGAGGAGGGUGAAUCAUCAACAGGGGGCAGAUGGUAGAUGAAGAAAUUGGAGUUGGGAAAUUGAGGUCUUAAAGAUAAAGAGAUUGAGAAAUAUGUUAAAGAUGCACAAGCCCAAAAGUGGCUCUGCUCAGCGGGCCAAGCAGAUUUGACAAGGAAUUUAACAGCAAAAUGAAAUGAGGAAGUGUCUGUAAAACAAAACUUGGAAUUGGUCCGGAAAUUAGAAAACUGGCCAGUAUGUAUAGAGAUAUAUACAUACAUAUAGGGUCUGGUUCCCGUGCGAUCAUGUAUCAUUAGUUUAGGUUUGUCCACCCAAUCCAAAAAGAGUAUAAAUUCAGUAGAUGGAGCAGGAAAUCCGAUCCAAGGGCAAAUUGUGAGAUAAAAAUGGAGGAGGAGGGUGAAGAUGGCAGAUGGUAGAAGAUGUUGGGGUUGGGAAAUUGAAGUCAAAUUAAAGAAAAAGAAAAAGAGAUGGAGAAAUCUGUUAAAGUAGUGGCUCUGCUCUGCGGGCCAAUUCAAGUAGAUUUGAGCAAAAUGAAAAGAUGAGGAAGAGGCUGUAAAAGACAACCUCAAGCUGGUCAGGAAACUAGAAAACUGGCUGGCCGGUAUGUACAGAUCAGAGAUACAUACAUAUCUGCUAAUUAAUACUCAGUAAUUGAAUUGGGUUUAGGCUUGAGAUGUUAGUGAAGGAUGGAUGAUGCAGUGGGAGGGACGGCAUUAUAUUACAGUAUGCAUGCAGCAUGCAACCUCAGCUCAGCUCUUUUUUGCUUGAUUUGGAAAUUGGAACAGAUAUGGGCAGGGGCAGGGGCCUGAAUAUAUAUAUAUAGAAGAGUGUGUAGAAGAUGUUGAGGAGGAGACUGAAUGUGAUGAAUCAGCUCAACAGGGCACAUAUAUAUAUAGUAGAGUCUGAAAAAGGUGUUUGGGUUGACAAAUUCAAGUCCUGCAACCAAAAACUAAAAAGGAAAAUGAGAUGGAGAAAUGUGUUGAGGCGCAGGCCCAAAAGUGCUUAUUUGAGAAGAGCAACAUGAAAUGAGUACAGUUGGUGAAUUCAGGAAUCUCUUCUGAUAUGAUCUAUAUAUAUGUCCACUUUCAGUAUGUUAGUUUUUGCACCACACCAUAGCCAGGAAGGAGGACUGGACUGAUUAUACAUUUCCUUUGAAAGUCCCUUCACAACAUUCCUGCCCUACCUGCACUCAUUUGAUCGAGUUGGAUAGGUGUAACCCUUUCGAUGUUGCUUCAAUUCUGUCAACAAGAGCUACAGAAUGAUAUAUAGAUGCUAAAGUUUUGAGGUUAGAAGCUGUAGUGUGUGUAUUCAUUCUUACUUUACUAUUUGAUCAUCACUUUCUUUACAAAAUCUCAUCCAUCUGUUUCUAUUUCUUUUCUUAUCUCAAUUCGUUUUCUCCCUC